UGUGGGGGAGGAUAGCAGCAGCAGCAGCAGCUACCAGCCAGAUAAACACUCAGCAUUGGUUUGCAGAGAGCAGGGGGAACAUGGCGGCACAGUUAGCCAGCAGAAAUGUUGUUUCACUACCGCGAAGGUCAGAGCUGGCUGGGAUAAACGGGAUUUAAACAGCGUGGACUCGGCGGAAAGUUUCAAAGCCAGAGAGAAGUGGAUGAUGUGCAAAGGUUUCCAGGCGUUAUUGUCUUGCAGCAAUGGCCUGAGGGACUCUCUGGACUAAGACCAAGCAUGGGAAUGUCCAGCCGUCGUGUCGUUCAGGAGGAAAACAAGAUCCAUGUCCCAGAGACGCUGAUAUGCAUUGAGAAUGAGUGGAGUCGGUGAAAACUCAUCUGACCCUGCAAGGGCAGAAGCACGAAAACGCAAGGAAUGCUCUGCCGAACUCAUAGGACCCAGUCCCAAGAGGAGUAACGAGAAGCGCAACCGUGAGCAUGAGAACAAAUACAUCGAGGAGCUCGCCGAGCUGAUCUUCGCCAAUUUUAACGACAUUGACAACUUCAACGUCAAACCUGACAAAUGUGCAAUCCUGAAGGAAACUGUGAAACAGAUCAGGCAAAUAAAGGAGCAAGAAAAGGCGGCAGCAGCAAACGAGGAGGAGGUGCAGAAGGCUGAUGUCUCAUCAACAGGCCAAAGUGUGAUUGACAAAGAUGCCUUGGGACCAAUGAUGCUGGAGGCCCUUGAUGGCUUCUUCUUUGUGGUGAACAUGGAGGGUAACAUCGUAUUUGUGUCUGAGAACGUGACCCAGUACCUGCGCUACAACCAGGAGGAGCUGAUGAACACCAGCGUUUACAGCGUGCUGCAUGUUGGAGAUCACGCCGAGUUCAUCAAGAACCUGCUGCCUAAAUCCCUAGUCAACGGCGUGCCGUGGUCCAACGAGGGUCCGAGGAGGAACAGCCACACGUUCAACUGCCGCAUGCUGGUGAACCUGCACAGCGAGAACCAGGACGAGUCGCACGAGCCCCAGCAGCAGAAAUAUGAGACCAUGCAGUGUUUUGCAGUGUCAGAACCCAAGUCCAUCAAGGAGGAAGGAGACGACUUCCAGUCGUGCCUGAUCUGCGUGGCUCGGAGGGUGCCAACGAAGGAAAGACCCAUGCCUCCCAUGCACGAGAGCUUCACUACUCGACAGGACCUGCAAGGUAAGAUUACGUCCUUGGACACGAGUCUACUGCGGGCGUCCAUGAAACCGGGCUGGGAGGAUCUCGUCAGGCGCUGCAUCCAGAGGUUCCAUCUACAGAAAGACGGGGAGAUGUCUUUUGCCAAGAGACAUCAACAAGAAGUGCUCCGCCUAGGUCAAGCAUUCAGUCCCAUCUACCGAUUCUCCCUUUCUGACGGAACCAUAGUUUCUGCCCAAACGAAGAGUAAACUGCUGCGCUCACCUGCCACCAACGAACCCCAGCUCUACAUGUCCCUGCAUCUUCUACAGAGGGAGCAGUCCGUGUGUGGGAUGGGUCAGGACAUGUGCAAUCAGGAAACAGGGAUGGCCCCCAAACCAAUGAACCCUUCCACUCCCUCCAUGACUCCACCAACCCCAGGCAGUUUGCCCGGCUCGGGGCUUCAGGGCCAAGACACUACGAUCAGCAGCAACAGCACGCCUUUCUCUCCCGCAGGCCCAGCUGGUCCCAGAGAACCGGCGGCCAUGGGUGGCCAUAUGCAAGGCUACCGUUUCGGCUGUCCGCCGCCGCACCCUAACUACACUGUGGGCAUGCAGCCACCACAGCAGGGCCCCAACUGGAGGAUGAACAGCCCCUCUCGUGCCAGCCCCAGUCCAGCCGGAGGGCCCCACCCACCUCAGCAGAACUCUAUGCUGUCCCCCAGGCACAGGGGCAGUCCCGGUGGCGCGGGCAGUCCUCGCGUAGCUGGAGGCCUACAGUCGCCCUCUCCUGUCGGAAUGUGUGGCGGUGGCCCUGGAAGUGUUGGCGGCAGCACUACAGGUAGCGCCCAUCCUAACAGCUACACUAGCAGUUCUCUGUCUGCUCUGCAGGCCCUCAGUGAGUGCCACGGGGUAGGGCAUGGACACGGCCCCUCUCAUGCACAUACGCUAGGCUCCCCAGACCGGAAGAUAGGCUCCCCAGCUGGGGUCACACCAGGGUCGGGGGUAAGUCCUCACAUGAUGUCCAAACUCGGAGGAACCUCGAGUAUUUCUGGUGGAGCAGGAGACUUUGGACCUAACUCAGAGGUGAAUCAGGGACACAACCAGGCUGAGAGAAACCAAACGGAGGCCAAGGAGGAACGCGAAGGGUCCCUCGAGGGUCACGACGGUCACAGUCGUAUGCAUGACAACAAGGGGAACACAAAAUUACUGCAGUUGCUCACCACGAAGCCAGAACCUCUGGAGACGCCCCUGUCCCCAGGGGCCGGAGGAGAGGGAAAGGACCAGGCUGGCACCGGAGCACGAGGCGGCCACGCGGUCGGGAGCGCUCACGCCACGUCCCUCAAAGAAAAACACAAAAUCCUCCACCAACUGCUUCAGAACAGUACAUCCCCUGGAGACCUCCCCAAACUCACUGCUGAGGCAAUGGGCAAAGAGCUGGGCCAGGACCAAUCACAGGGUGCCGGAAACACAGCGUCUGGGGCAGAAAUCACUCCUAAGCAGGAGCCGCUGAGCCCUAAAAAGAAGGACAAUGCACUGCUGCGCUAUCUACUGGAUAAGGAUGACACUGUAAUGAAGGACAAGGUCUCUAAGCUGGAGCCUGGGGAGGUGAAGGUCAAGGAACACCCCCAGGUCAAGGUGGAGAAACAAGAUGCAGGAUAUGAUCGUGCUGAGCAGUCAUCGGAGCUCGACGACAUCCUUAACGACCUGCAGAAUGCUCAGCCGCAGCUCUUCUGUGAGCAGCGGCCGGUUUCGUUACCCAGUCCCAUGGACAAACAGAUCCUCUUAAAUGACAUCCUGCAGCUCUCUGAGAACAACCCGGCCAUGGCUGCGCAGCAGCAGCAAAGAGGCCUGGGACCUGGCAUGGGUCAGACUAACUUUGGUGCUGUCAGACCUGGGCAACAAGGCAGGAGUUUGCCUUUGAGGAGUGUCUCUCUGGACAUGAACGUGCCCCCACAGCAGCCAUCAUUGCAGUACCCCGUUAGGGCCAACAGCCCGUACACGUUGAUACAACAGCAGCAAGGCAUGUUGGGAAGUCAUGGUAUCAUGCCCAACCAGGCCGGUAUGAGCAAUUCAGGAAUGAUGGCCGCAGGUGGUCCGCGGCCAGGCAUGCAGCAGCAGGAGGGCUGGAACAGUUCAGCCUCUGCUCCUCCCAUGGGAGCAUCUGCACCGGGACAACAAGGUGCCAUGCAAGGUCGGAUGGUACCCGGCACUGCCCCGAUGAGGCCAAACAGCCAGCCGGGACCCCGACCGAUGCUCCAGUCUCCGAUAAUGGCCAAUGCGCAACCUGAUAUGGACAUUGGCAUUGUUGGCCACCAUUUCUCCCAGCAGCAGGCUCCUCCCAACCAGACGGCCCCCUGGCCCGAUAGCAUGAUGCCAAUUGAUCGGACAGCUUUUGCAAACCAGAACAGGCCGGCACAGCAAGAUGAUCUCCUUUGCAAUCCGAAUCUUGGUAGUGAUGGUAGUGCAGUGGAUGAAGGUGCCUUGAUGUCUCAGCUGUACUCUGCCCUAAAAGAUUUUGACGGUCUAGAAGAGAUAGAUCGAGCUCUAGGGAUCCCUGCGCUGGUCGAACAGAGCCAGUCACUGGAACCAGACCAGUUCUCCCAAGACCCCUCCAUCAUGUUAGACCAGAAGCCCCCCAUGUACGCGCAGCAAUUCGGCCCUCAGACCUCCCACAUGGUGCAGAGGGGCUUUGCCGGCACACCCAUGCAGGAGCCCGGCUUUCAUCCAAUGCCCGGCCAGAUGGGCCCCCGGCCAGGCUACCCCAUGAUGAGGAUGCAGUCACGGCCCGGGCUUAGGCCGGGUGCGGUCGCUCCGAACCAGCCCAAUGCACUACGGCUGCAGCUUCAGCAUCGGCUUCAGUCACAACAGCAGAAAAGUCAGCCCAUGAUGACUCAGAUGAGUGGUCUCUCAACUGUGAACCUACCUCUAAGAGCUAAUGCUUCAAACCAGGGAAACAUCAACGCUCAUAUGUUGGCGCAGCGUCAGCGGGAGUUGCUCAGUAACCACCUGAGGCAGAGGCAGCAGCAGCACACUCAACAGGCCCAGCAGGUCCAGCAGCAGCGGACCAUAGCCAUGAGGGCCCAGGGCCUCAACAUGGCCGGAGGCAUGAGCAACCCCAGGAAUCCCCAGGCCGCCCCCCAGCAGUUCCCCUACCCACCCAGCUACGGUACCGGUACAAGCCUGGCCUCGUCACCUCCCCCCACCAGCCCCUUCUCCUCCCCUCUCUCCCCCAACCCUCAGCUCCACCUGCAUGGUACCUCCUCUUCCUCCACCUCCUCCUCCUCCUCACAGAUGAUGAUGGGAAACACAAACAUGAUGGGCGGACAAUAUGGGGCCGUACUAAGCCCCCAAAUGCAGCACAGUGCCUUUCAGUUUCCCAACUCAGGUUUGACACAACAAGCAGAUGGGAGUUUUGCAGGAGCCAGCACGCCGCAGAGCCCCCUGCUUUCGCCACGCAUUGCCCACACGCAGUCUCCCAUGAUGCAGCAGGGCCAACAGAACGCCGCCUUUCAGGGUUCCCCUGACAUGAAUGGAUGGCCACAGGGUAACAUAGGGGGCAACAGUAUGUUCGCGCAGCAGCAGCAGGCGUCGCCUCAGUUCACCCAGCAGAACAGCAGCAACAUGUACAACGGCAACAGCAUGGGCAUCAACAGCGUUUCCAUGGCCACCAACAUGGUUACCAGCAGCAUGGGUCAGAUGAGCGGACAGAUGAGCGUCACAUCCAUGGCGUCGGGGUCUUCGCCGGGCCUGCCCUCAAUGGGGCAAGAACAGAAAUACUGUUGACCCACCUGAAGCUUCAUAACACCAACCUCAGAGAUCAGCUGGUGCAGGGAGCGCGUCGGCCCUUUAAGAAUCUUUAAAACAAACUCCUAACUAACCGGCUGCCCCUUGGACCAGCCAUGCCGUGUCCUGAGCCCCUUGCCCUCCCCCCCCAAAGCUGACCCCUCGGGGCCCAGACUGACACAGGGGUGAGCAGGCCAGCCUACCUGCCCGUCCAGCCGCAUUCACCGUAGUGUGACUUACUGUAGGGCCCUCUCGUUGGGAUACACUGACUUCAGGGAGCAGAGGGGGCAUCAGUGGAUGUGAUGAAUGUAUUCCUCUCAGCGGACAGCGGCCAUCUACAAUCUCAUCUCGGAGACGGACUGAAAGGUUCUCCCUUCACUCAUUUGAGACAGUUCCUCAUGGGUUCCAAACGGCAGCAGAGACUCCCAGAUCAUGUUAAAGAGAGAAAGCGGAGCUCAAUUGUUUGUGGGGUUUUCCUCCUUUAUGCUGUUUGCUGUAUUUUAUUUUAUUGCUAAAUGUUUUUUUUUUUUUCUUAUCCAAAUUAAUAUGUAGAUGGAAGAUACGGGGAGGGAAUCUUGAUAAACACUGCAGAAUGAUUUGAUUGGAAUUCUAUUAUUAGAAUAAUUUAGUCAAGAGGUUUAUAUAGUGUAUUAAAUUAAGUUUUAUUUUUCUGUAUAGAUUCAUUUUAAUUAUUGUAGAUGAUUCUUUAUCCUUGUAGCAAGAAGAUUCCUUAAAGUGUGAAAGAAGCACUUUUUAUUGGGGGUUUUUUUUGUCUGUUUUUUUUUUCACAAUAAUAGUUGAUAAGAUUCUUCUAAUCGCCUGAAUUAUGGAUUAAAAUCUUGGUCCAGAUGUUUCAGAAGAUGUCAAAAUCAAAUAUGGUUCAAAAUGAAUUGUACAUACCGAUGAGUAAAAACCUUUGCUUUCCUAUUUAUUUUAUUCCUUACUGGUCACUACUGCCUCUCUUAAAGCAGAGCAGUUAUACUUGCUUCUUUUGUUGUUGUUGUUCUCUGAAGUCCUGACAUUCUGGUACGACUCGGACAUGGGGUGCAGGUGGGUGGUGAGGGGGUGUGCUGUGUAUACAGUGUACAGAUUACGGCUUGCUUCUCUGCCUUUUAGCAUAGAACACACACAUACAAGAAAAAAGAGUUUUAAAAAAAUCCUCACAGCCAUACAUUAAGUCAAAACUAUAACAAAGAGUGUGCUUUCUUUGUUGUCUGGAGUGAAAUUGCUUCGUACAAGCUGCUAGGUGCAAACUGUUUGGGUGUGAUGUAAACAAGCAAUAAUUACUUGAAAAUCCUUUUCUGUUUUGUUUGUUUUUGUAAUUUUUGUACAGUUUCCUGAAUUUAAAGAGAAAAAAAAGAAGCUUUUUUUGCUCUGUAUUUGGAGGCAGUAUUAGACACGGUUUUUUUACUGCAGUUUGUACCAAGAAAAAGACUACGAUCCAUACAAACGCAACGUUCUUGAUAAAUUAUGCAGCCAUGUAAGAAGGCAGGGGGGGGCGACCUGGUGUGGGGAUGUAGUUUAACCCAACCCCACCUUCCCCUAAUGAUCAAAAUGAGCCCUCUCUUCCUCCAGCCUUCUAUCGCAGAGGUCAGAGUUGAGACUGCGCCUGCUCUGACACACACUUAGCCAUAUUUUAUGACCUCAGGCAGUUAAAGUAAAAAAAAAAAAAUGUUCGCUGAUGACGUUCUGAUCUAUUUCCCCAAAAGGGAGUUUAGAUCCAAAGCAAGUCAUCCUCUUUAACCUUAAAAGAAUUUUUUAUAUAAACUAUUUUACCCAGGAAAAGACUUUGAUCAAGCCAAAUGAUUCUUUACAUUUCAAUUGGAUUUCUUUCACCUCUUGGUUAUCAGGCCCACACAGGAAAGAUGUCAACGAGCAGCAGGGUCUAAAUGCAGGUUUUCAUCAUAGAUUCACUCUGAAUGUAUUGUCAUUAAAGGCCUACUGGAUGCAAUCACACCAUGCUCUUUUCUGCUUUUCUGUUGGCUUUUUUUAUUUUUUAAUUUAAGAUAAAAUUCAGAGGUGUCUGCGAAUGCCGCUCUGCCUCUUCGCUUGCCCCGUAUCUGUUUUGCCGUGGGUUUAUCUUAAAUCAUGCCUUUUUUUUUUAUUAUGAAAUGUUUUGAUUGUAAAAUCAACCCAUGCGAAACAAAGCUUUUAGAGACGUUCCUUAAACAGGCGUUUUAAAAGGAUUCAGAGCCCUUUGCAAAUUUCCAAAGAUUGUCAGCAUUUAAAAAAAACUUAAAAGCCAUGUGGUAGCAGUGCAUUUUUUUUUUUUUUUUAAAGAAUUUCUAAUGACCGGUGCAAAAGAAGUGCACAUAUUCAGACUUUGGACCCACUUAACUACACACUAUAUUUUCUUCUCUUUAAUGUUUGCUUUUGCAGAACUUUAAAUGCCCUUUUUGUAUCGUCUGCUGGUUUCUUAGAGCUAAGAUGCAAACCCUUUGAAAUGCUAAACACCCUAGCAUAUUGCCUUAGAUUUCGUCCUGUUCUUGUUCUUGUAAGUUACACUGCUGUCUGUAUAAAUUUGUAUAAUGACUGGUUGUACAGUAUUGAAUGGGUGCACCACUAUUCACCUCUACUCCGCUGCUGAACACCUUCACAGUUUCCACCCCCCCUCCCCACACACUCAACCACAAUCAUUGCUCUUCUAUGUUGGGAUAAACGGAGAUACUGAAGCAAUAUGUAUUAUACUGGACUCUUCUGAAGAAAGAUCACUGUUUGUUCUUUAAUUUAGUUUUCUGCAUUGUCCACAGGAGUCGCACUGUAUACCUGCAUCCAUCUGACCUUUGUUACCCCACGGGUGUGUGUGUGUGUAUGCGCGUGAGCACGUGUGUGUGUGUGAGUGUUUUAUGCAAAAUUAGAUAUAUAAGAGAAGGUUAAACCACAGUUAUGCAAGUUGUGAACUAAUAUGGCUUCGCUGAUGCUAUUUGCCUUGUAAAUAAAGAAUUCUGUUUAAUGCAAA